AUGGAAAGAGGAAUCACCUUCACUUUAAAUGCGCCUAUACGUACCGAUGCAGAAGAAACCGAGCGGAAUUGUGUGGAGAGUGAAGCCCACAUUGGAUACCUGCAGAUUCACAGCCACAGCCAAGCCCAAUAUUCGCACUUGUUUGCCUCCAACGCGCACACCACACCAACUCCCGUCGUGGCGUGA